UUUUAAUACUUCCAAUUGGCAAUUACGCAUCCAAACUUAAUUCGGACCGUCCCCCGUAGCUGACACAUAUCGAAAUUAGAACAUAAUUGGCUGUGAAUUGAGCCUAAUGCUGCCAAUAUCGCGAUUGUUUCCACGAUCGUCCGGAAUUGGUUUCGAACGUCCGCCGGUCCGCAACGUGUAGCCGGCCACGGCGCGCAAUCGAAUCGCGAACACCGCGACCCGUCCCCGGUCCUGGGAACGGCCGUCCGCCGACAAAUCACGCGCACAACAUGUCAAUUGUGGCGCACCAAUGUUGGCCGCACUGUCGGAAAAUUCAAGUUUUAAACAGGUGUUUUUCGAACGGAAUGAGGUAGCACGCACGGAGGGGGAGAACGUCGGAACAGCAGCGUUCGUUCUCACGUACAGCGGUAGCCGUGAAGGGUUUUAAGUCACGAAGUGUGCAGUUUACGGUUUGUUUACGAACGGCGAGCAACGCACACACGCUCCGCUGUAUUAAUCGGGGGGCGCCGGGGCACCGCAACGCGUCCACGACUCACAUCUCGGCGGCCGUGUUUCGCGUUACGUUCACCGAUUUCGGGGCCGGCAUGUGGUGCCGCCGUGUUAUGUGAAUAGUGCGCGGCCUCAAGUUCACGUACGCUGAAGAUGCCGCACCAGUACGGGCUGCCGGGCAUUGCACACGCACAGUCGCCGCCGACGCCGCCGCCGCAACAUGGGGCCAUGUAUCCCCGUUUCUCCGGGGCCGUCGUGCCAGGUGGCUACCGCGGCGAGGACCGUCGUCUGACCCGCGAGGCCAUGGAACGUUACCUGAGGGAGCGAUCGGACAUGGUCAUAGUUAUAUUGCACGCUAAGGUCGCCCAGAAGUCCUACGGCAACGAGAAAAGGUUCUUCUGUCCGCCCCCCUGUAUAUACUUGUUCGGGGACGGCUGGAGGCUGCGCCAGGAACAGAUGCUCAGGGAGGGUGAGUCGGAACAGGCGUCCCAGCUUUGUGCUUUCAUUGGUAUUGGCAACUCGGACCAGGACAUGCAGCAGUUGGACUUGAACAAUGGUAAACAGUACUGUGCAGCGAAGACUUUGUACAUAUCAGACUCUGACAAACGCAAACAUUUCAUGUUGUCUGUUAAAAUGUUUUAUGGUUCAGGACACGACAUUGGUGUGUUUCACAGCAAAAGAAUUAAAGUUAUAUCUAAGCCAUCGAAGAAAAAGCAGAGUUUAAAAAAUGCAGACUUGUGUAUAGCUAGUGGUACGAAAGUGGCACUGUUCAAUAGGUUAAGAUCACAGACAGUUUCUACAAGAUAUUUACACGUGGAGAACGGACAUUUUCACGCCAGUUCCACGCAAUGGGGUGCCUUCACAAUACAUCUGUUGGAUGACAAUGAAUCUGAGUCCGAAGAGUUCCAAGUACGAGAUGGUUACAUACACUAUGGCUCAACUGUGAAGCUAGUCUGUUCAGUUACGGGUAUGGCGUUACCAAGGCUCAUAAUCAGAAAGGUGGACAAACAGCAGGCCCUCCUCGAGGCGGACGAUCCGGUCUCGCAGCUGCACAAGUGCGCGUUCUACAUGAAGGACACCGAACGCAUGUACCUCUGCCUGUCCCAAGAGCGCAUCAUCCAGUUCCAGGCCACGCCCUGCCCCAAGGAGCCGAACAAGGAGAUGAUAAACGACGGCGCCUGCUGGACCAUCAUCUCCACCGACAAGGCCGAGUACCAGUUCUACGAGGGCAUGGGCCCGGUCCGUUCGCCGGUCACCCCCGUCCCUAUCGUGCACAGCCUGCACCUGAACGGGGGCGGCGACGUGGCCAUGCUGGAGUUGACCGGCGACAACUUCUCGCCGUCGCUGCAGGUGUGGUUCGGCGACGUGGAGGCCGAAACCAUGUACCGCUGUCAGGAGAGCAUGCUGUGCGUGGUGCCGGACAUCUCGCAGUUCAGGGGCGAGUGGCUGUGGAUCAGACAGCCGACGCAGGUGCCCGUCUCGCUGGUGCGCAACGACGGCAUCAUUUACGCGACGGGGCUGACGUUCACGUACACCCCGGAGCCGGGGCCGAGGCCGCACUGCGCACCGGCCGACGAGAUUAUGCGGCAGGGACAGCGCAGCGCUGCCGUUGCGCAGGCGCAGUCGCAGGCGGCCAUGGCGGCCGCGGAGGCGGCGUGGAACUCGCACGGUAUGCACUAGCUUUGAGGGUGCGGCGGCUUUUGACUUUUCGACGGCGGUCUGGCCUAAAAAAUGUUUCUUUGCCGUGGCAAAUUGUCUCGAACUUGCUGCUACAUGCAGGUUUUGCCUUUUGAAACAAAUAAGGGUAAUGAACAUUGAAUUUCAAAGUUUAAUGACGGUUUAGACAUAGAAAAAUAAGAAUAAAAAUAUUGUAAAUUUAUAUAUUUCCAGUAAUAAAUAAUUUAACAUACUCAGAAAAAAAGUAAAAGUAAAUUGACAUUAAAAACUUGGGUGGUAAUUACUUGAAAAUUGUUUCUGCAUUGAUUGGCCUCAUUUUUAUUAAAGACAUAAUUAUUAUAUUAUGAAAUAAUGCAAAGAAACAUUUAUAAAGUCAAGUCAAAAGUGGCCCAUUUAUUUAUAAACAUAUCCUUCAAUUGUUUUUUCCUAUUUUUCCUUAAAUUUUGGUUCGAAAUUAUACUCUCUAGAUAGUCAUAAAGAUGUGGAUGAUUUUUUUAAUUAAACAAUUAUUGAAUCUCAAUGUCUUGAAAUUUUCUUCUCGUAUUACUAUUUAUUGUGAUAUAUUUUAAUUGUACUGUUAAGAGAUUUUAUAUAUAACAAGUGUAAAUACCCAAUAUAAGUCCUAUAAAAAUAAAAACCAAAGUUAUGUAAGCUUA